AUGACCACUGUCGUCCUCAACCAUGCGAAGCUCGGUGCGAUAAGAUGUCUCCGAGAACCAAGCGGCUCGAUUUCGGAGGAUUGCUUGAACCUUUCCAUACAUCUGCCAGAUUUAUGCGUCGAUGAAGGUGGAAAGAUUCGUUCGGAUAUGAAGUUGCCGGUCCUUGUCUUCAUCCAUGGUGGUGCGUACUUCCUUGGUUCUGCGAACCGACCAUACUACAACCCAGAGAAUCUUGUGCGCCAUGCUAUACAGAGUGAAUCACCCAUCAUCUUCGUAGGGAUCAAUUACCGGCUCGGUGCGCUAGGCUUUUGGCAUUCGGAUCGUGCUGGAGAUAUGGUACCGGAGAACAAUGGUCUCUUCGACCAAAACACGGCAUUCGAAUGGCUGCGCGAGCAUAUUGAGGGUUUCGGUGGUGACGUGGACAAUGUUACCGUUGUCGGACAAAGCGCAGGUAGCGAGAGUGUCUCGGUGCAGACGAUGCGUAAACCGUUGUUCAAGCGCGCGAUCAUGUUCUCGGGGACGCCAGUUACCAUGCCUGCAAUGACCCAUGACGAGCAUCAUGACAACUUCCUCAAGCAGGCUGAAAAGUUGGGAAUUCGUGUCAGAGAAGGCGAUGGCAGUGAAAGGGACACGCAAGCAAUAGCUAGAGACGUGAUUGGCGUUGACGCGUCGAAGAUUCGAGACCAGGCAUGGGUUGGUUUGCCAUGCACGAACAGCGAGUUCUUUCCCUUUGAGCGACCGACCAUGGAUCUGGCUAGGAAGGGCAAAAUCGCUCCUCCCGAUUGGAAAGACUGGGCAAGACCUGUCGAAGCUCAAAUCGUUGGCUCCACCACCUACGACGGCGGCAUCUCGUACAAUAUGAUGAGGAAUGAUGACAGUCGCAAGAACCACGCUGAAGCCUUCGAGAGGAUUGUCAAAGAUGUUCUGUCUCCCGGACAUGAUAUCGAGUUGCUGAACAUAUAUGGUAUCGAGGGCAGUGUUGAUGAUGCGGAUGCACUCCAACGUAUCUGCCUUUUUGAAAGCGACAUAGGUUUCUUUGCAGCCGCGUUGAGCAUUGCGGAAAGUGAUCUGGUCAAAGAAACCUAUUUUCAUGUGUUCGAUCUUCCAAACCCCUUCCCGGGACCAAUCCGCGAGCAAGGUGCUUUCGCUACGCAUACUUUCGACAUUGCGACGCUGCUUGGCGGCGUGCAUGAAGAUCGUUUGCCCUCGCAUUAUGGACCUGUAGUUGCCAGAUGGCGCGAUUCCAUUCUCGAUUUCGUGACCAGGGGAACACCCCCUUGUGCAGAGUUUGUUGGUGUUGAUGGGGGAAGGAGGGGAUUGAUGGUGGAUGAUGGAGGCGUUCGCGAGGUUGGCAGUGAGGCGUGGUUGGAGAACGAUGAGGGGAGAAGGAGGAGAUUGUUCGAUUUGGCUCGGAAGGUUGAUGCUGAUACCGGGCUGGACGUUCUUUGGGUCGACGUUUGCAGGCGCUUCUUGAUGCGCGGGGAGUAA